AUGCGUAGGCGCGUUUGGAAAUGCUCGGUCCCUUCCACCUAUGUCGUGUCACUGCGGUUUCAGUGGCCUCGGGGCCACAAACGGCACUGCCCCAUCAUCACCGCGACGACGGCCUGCUCCGGCCCCCCCGUCCCAAUGGGCGGAGCGGCCGGGCCCGUCCCCCGCGCGGCUCAGGUGCCGGCGAGAGCCCCGGGGCCGCCCCGCGGAGCCGCCGGCAGCGCCUCGAGCCGCGCCCGCCCGCGCGCCCAUUGGCGCGCCGCUGCUGAAAUAGAGAAGCGGGCGGGAGCCGCGGCCGUCAGCCGGUCGAGGAGCAGGGCGCAGGGCGGGAGCGCGCGCUGCCGCACAUAUGCUGCGCCCUGGGCCGUCCCUGGCGGUCAGGCGCUGAGCCCGCCGGGCGCAGGCCAGACGGCGAAGGGCGAGGCGGGGGCGACGGGCGGGCGGUAAGAGCGCGCAGCGCGGAUCCGGCGGCCGCAUGAACGCUUAUGGUGUUGGGCGAAGGACGAGCGCAAAGCGCUGCGCGCAAACCGGACCUGGCACACCGCGAGCCUCGAGGGGCCAAGCUGCUGAGGUAAAUCGUGGAAGGCGCUGUCGCUGUCGGAGAAGUGCGAUCCGUUCGUGGAGGAGCCGACGGGUCUGCGCGUGCAGCAACAUGGCAGGACCCGCCCAUCCACUAAGUACCGUCCGCGGCGGCGGAAGCAGGUGAAGCGGCUGAAGCGGGCGGAGAGCGGCUUCCCCCAGCACGGCCCGGCCGAGGCGGCGCCGCCCGCGCUGGUCCCCGACGGAGGCGGAGGCGUCGGCGGCGUCGGUCCGUGCGCCGAGAGCCUGGCGCUGCCCUACGCGGAGCGCGGCUACGCGGCGGGGCCGGCGCGUUACCGGGACUGCCGAGCGUAGGCGCGUCGCUUGCGCUUCGGGCUGCCCACGCCGGACCCGUCCCCGCUGGACGCGGCGCACGGCGAGGUGCCUUUCUUCGCGCCGGGGCCGCUGGACGAGUGCGCGCCGGGGCCCUACGGCGGCUACGGCCCGCGGCGCCGGAGACUUCAGGCUGCGGGAGCGGGGCCGGGCGAGAGCCCCGCGGGGGCGGCGCUGCGGCGGCACCAGCAGCAGCAUGCAACCCGCACAGCGCCUCGCAGCCCCGUUGCCGGCGAGCUGGGGCCGGGCCGCUCUGCACAAGAAGGGCUGCUGGUCUGCCCGGCCGCCUCGCACUACUACGGGCAGCUGUGCCCGGGCCGCGGCCCGCCCGCUCCCGUGCCCGUGGCCGUGGCGCUGGGCGCGCAGCCGUCCCCGCCGCCCGAGGCCGCGGCGUGCCGGGAGCCGCUGGAGCACUUGCCGCACGACGAGCUGCUGGGAGACGUGGACCGCAGCGAGUUCGAGCAGUACCUGCGCUUCGCCUGCAAAGCCGAGCUGGGGCCGCCCUUCGCGGGCCACGACGUGGCCGGGCUGGCGUCGCCCGAGGCCGCGGGGCCGCUCUCCGCCGUGGUGUCGGACGCCAGCAGCGCCGUCUACUACUGCGGCUACGCCGACGGCUGAGGACUGCGGCGGCACCGAGACGCCUCGCUCCUAUUUAUGUAACUUAUUGGACUGUUCUCCGGACAUAUUCUCUAAGCCCGUCGGGGCUGGAAGUGCCGUUACCGAAUAGAUUCACAGACGUUUUUUCCAUCUGAUCUUGCACUGAUGUGCCUGUGCAGUUACACUUCAGUUGUCAUCCAUACCCAAAACUUGUGUCUUCUUUGCUGCUCUGGUGCUGUUACUCUCUACACGGUUUUAUCCGCUGUUUUUACCUAUGUUCUAUUUACAUAUAGUUUUUUGUACUUCAGGAUAGUAAAUGCCUGUACAGCUCUUUCGGUCGUUCUCUUUGGUCCUACGGCCCUGUAGGGAGAUGCAGCAGCAAUAAAAGCUUUCCUGUCCUGCGGCAGAGUGAGGGGAUUGCAGGUGCUGAGUGAUGCUUCGUUGCCAUAACAAUCUCACCGAAGACGUAGCUGCGUUCCUGCUCCAAUGCUGCAUGGACGGAGCUGUGCCAACGUCUCUCCUCGAGUCAAACACUGUAACUGUGCUGAGUUGUGGUCCUCUUUGGUGAUUUGUGUUGUUUGAAUUCUAUUUUGUAAUUGCCAUCUGGAAUUUAUGUUUUUCAUUAAAUGCAUUGGGGAAAACCUCCUGGCCUGAACUGUCAUCUGUGACAGAAGAAACCAGGUAAGUUUGAGAUGCUGCUUUUAAAGGAACUGAUCUAAUGUAGAUACCUGUGGACUUGAAGGUGAUUUUGCUUUACGAGCGUUUUCUGCUCAAAGCCAAUUGUUUGCCACAUUUCACAAAUGACAUUUAUGCUGCAUUUACAUGUGCUCUUACUUUUAUCACCUACCCCUGAAUAAGUUAGUUCUUUCUGUUGGGCUUCAGACUUCCUCUGGUAGGGUGACAGAAUGCCCAUGUGCUCAUCUCAGUUGCUGUCACUUGACUGAUCGUAUCUAUCAUAUCUGUUAUCCAUUAAGGCAAAUGCUGUUUCAGUGUUCAUCUGUUCUGCCCUCUGACUUUUUGCCUGUGCUAAGAAUGGAGCUACACUCCCAUCUCCCUGUAACUAUGCUUAUGCAGAAAGUAUCUCUGAUGCUUCCCAUUGGAAGAUGCUGACCAGGGCCAGUUGGUGUUAAUUGAUGGGAAUGGUAAGAGGCAUUAAUUCACAUAUGAUGCUUGAAAAGUGGUAUCCGUACCAUCCAUAAUAAAUAAUUGUAGCAUCUGGCGGUAGAUUCUUAGGCUGCUGAAUUGUCAUUGAAGAAAUUCAGCCAAGGUUCCAAUUAUAUAAUCCAUGCUCAGCUUUGUAAAACUUACGGCAACUUUGGUCUAUGAUAACUGCCAUUUGCUGAGCACCUGUCACAUUCAAAGCAUCAGCUGAAUUGUUUUCAGUUAAUCCCAUAGCUGCAUACUUGAGCAGAGGGCAUUCUAUUGUGGAGGAGAAGUCAUUUAAUGUAGUCCAGAGGAAAUCCUGGUACUGUCUACUCCAAUGGAGUUGGGUUUUAAGUGCUGUAAAGUGAACUUCUGACUGCGUGUGAAAUUGAAAAAGCUCAUCUGAAGUUACUGUAACUAUGUAGAACUUCAAUUGUCAUAAAUACAAAUGCAGUUCUCCAAAGUAUCAUUAAAUUGCCUUAACGUUGAGGUAACUGUU